AAAGAAGAAAAACUAGUAUGUGCAGAGCCCGGCCCAGGCGGUCUGUUAGGCCCACUAACGAGACAGAAGAAAGCGUGCACAGGAGGACUUUUUAAAUCUACUACAUUCCGAUGAACAAGAACGCGUGCUUGUGAUUGUCGGCCGCUGAAUUGAAUCGGUUUAUGGAAGGCUGCUCACUUGCUGCAUAUUUGAACCUGUUUGUUGUUCGUCCGGUCCUCGCUUUCUCAUUUGUAGUUUCCUUGCUUGUUCUUGGUUGGUUUUUGGCUUGGAAGCUUCUGCUGGUUCACGUCCCCCUGGUCCAGGAGAUAUUUGGUCUUAAAAAGAAACAUCAUCUUCCCAAACCCUUAACUCGCGGCCGCUUUUCACGCUUUUACAAUACCCUUCUUCAUUCCAACGUCUCUGCUUCUUCUUAGUGCCUGCCUGAUAGCAUAAUGGCGUUGAGGCGUAUGCUUGGGUUCUCUGAUGGUGAGCUAAUGAGAUCUGAUGCAAAACCUUGCUCGAGGUUGAUGAGGCAUACUGCUGGGGUUUUUAGUGUUGGUGGAGCCUUAGGAUUUUGGAUUCUCUGUCGUUUGCAUUACGGUCCUAGAGUGAAUGUUCCUCGAAGUCUGAGGUGGGCAGGGACCGGGGCCAUCACUGUAAGCGCUGGCACAGCUUUACUGGUUCGCCUUUUUAGCCCUGAGUGUGAACCCCAGAACAUUGAGGCUUAUGACAAGAAAAAAUAAAAUAUACAUCUCUCUCAGAUCAUGACUAAACGGUACCAGUUUAUGGAUUAUGUCAAUGUGGUUUGAUUUUGUAAAAUACUAAGCAUGGAUUUCUGUCUACUUUUGCUAUGUUUUCUGCUUUGGAAUGGCCAUGAACUUGUGUGAUACACACUUUGGUUGUGUGUGUGUCAAUUGCAUACGUGAAAACCAAAUUUAGGAUCAUGCUAGUAGAUAUCAACAUGCUCGUUGCGGCGAGAAAUUACAAGGCUUGGUUUGAAUAAA